AUGUCCGCCAACCAUGCGGCUCGUGCGGAUCACAAGCUGAAGGAGGCUCUGGAGGACGUGCUGCUGGCAGCGAUUGGCCGGUUUGUGCGGAGCACGACAAGCAAGCUGAGUCAACGGAUGGCGGUCCACGGCUGCGAUCUGUGCGGCUGCAGGCUCUGCGCCUCGGUUGCCUGCUGCGCCCGAGUUGAUCUUGCUGAUCCGGCCUUUGCGCUCGUCGCGACAGGGGACGGUGACGCAAGCAGGGAUGCUAACGCCGAGGUUGAAGACGAGUGGGAGAUGGUUCACGCGCCCGGUGUCAUCGGAGUGUGCGCCACCUGCCGCGCCGGCCUGGCACGCGUGGAAAGCCGGGCGGUGCGGCGGGCGGCGGCCCGGAAAGCUGCGCGCGAUACAGAGCGUCUGCGCGAGCUCAAUGCCACUCUACGCGAUGCUCGCGCAUUUGUGGAGAGCCGAGUGGGCGAGUAUCUGGCGCUCGUGGACGAGCUCGACGAGCUUCCGGUGUUUGUGGGCGACAGCGCGGCAAGGACAGCGGCGGCGGCGCACGGAACAGCGACGUCCGAGGCGGCGCUGGCGCUGCAGAGCCAGAUCUCGACAGUACUCAAGGGCAUGUCCGAAGGCAUUGGACUUGUUAAGAGUCACGCGGCCGAGCUGGCGGCAACGCGUGGCGGCGCCGUGGUGCGAACGGCGCGCAAGAUGAGCUUCGCCUACGCCGAGUUUCUCCACGAGCGGCUGCCGACGUUCCGGCGGGCGGUGAAGCGGCUGACGGCUGCUGAGCGAUCGGUGUCAUCGGUGGUGUACAUGAUGCUCAAGCGAACACUGGUUGAAGGCCAGGAGUAUCCGCUGUUUGUGCGCGAGCUUGGCGCCGCGUUUGUCGACACGCUCAAGGACUUACUGCGCGAGAUGCGGCGGACGGUGCAGGUGACCGGCGAGUCGUGGCCAGACCAUCUGGCAGCCAUGGAGACCAUGGUCGCCAGGUGGGAUCCGCCGCUGCUGGCAACUCGAGCGUCGACAGUGAGUCUCGUUGCGGCGAUGCAAGCAGGCGGCGCGGACAAUACCGUCGACGCCGACUUGGCUGGAGACGACGAUGCUGCGGCGUCAAGCGAGCCUUGCAGCGAUGACGACGACUUUCUUGACGAGCUUGAUCGCAUGCUGGACGAGAUGGAUGCUCGCGCGGUAGAGCACUCUGCUGAAAUGGGCCACGGUGCUGCGCCUGCCGUCAACAACGACGACGACUGCCUAGAGCAGCUGUGGGUGCUGGUGCGGGUAGAGGAGGUGGUCGGAUCAUCCGCGGCGCAGCUGCGAAGCAAGGUCGGGAGCGCGCGACUGCCGCGGGCACAGCGCGGGCUGGCGAAUCUGCACGAGCUUGUCAUUGCGGCAGGCUUGAGUGUCGACGCUGAUGCCUGGGCGGCGCUGCGCGAGGCGGCGGCGGCAGCGCGGGAAACGCGACGACGCGGCGAGGACGUGGUCGACUCGGACGGGUUUGUGCUUGUGUAAAGUGUAAAGAGAGAGG